AUUACGAGAACUCAGAUCUAAAAAUUAGGGUGAUACCAACAGUCCACCACACACCACCCCAUCUUUACUCUUCUACUGCUACACUUCGACACCACUUUCCAGGUGUGGGUCUAUUAUGUUAGGUGUGUGUGCUUUCUCUCACAUUUGUUCUCACCCUACCUCAUUUUCACCAUUAAUCUCUUCUUUGCUUCAAUUCCCUGUAUAAAAUCCCAUUUUCAUGACACAUGCAUUCUAUCUCUCUUAAACAUAAGUUACAGAGGUAUCAUGCAGUUUCGUAUUCUUGGGUUUUUGGCGUCUUCCAAGUUAAUUUAGGGUACCCUUCACAGAAACUGAUCUGGGUGUUCUUCAGCAUAUUGUUUUUUUCAUCUUGGUUGCUUCGAUUUUGGGGUUUAAGAGAUCUAAAGGUAUAUAAACCUCAUUUGGGUAUCUUUAAUUUUGAGAAUUUAUAGCUCAAAGGGUGUUCGAAAAGCAAUUCCUAAUUUCGGGCAGAGUUUGCUUGUUCUUCAUUUUAUGGAUAAAUCAUCAAAAAAGAGAAUGUUUGGAGGAAAUGGGCUGCUUUACCCAAUCCUUGGCUUUGCAUCAUGUCUUGCUUUCAUUUAUUUGUCUUUUGGAGACCUGUGGUUCGAUUACCAUAAAGAACCAGAAUUGGGUUUUGUGGAGAGGAAUGGGACUCAAUUCAUGGUGGAUGGAAGAGUAUUCUACGUUAAUGGGUGGAACUCUUACUGGUUGAUGGACCAGGCUGUGGAGGAAAAUAGUAGACCCAGGGUGAGAGAAAUGCUCAAGACUGGUGCCAAGAUGGGACUUACUGUUUGUCGAACUUGGGCCUUCAAUGACGGUGACUAUCAUGCCCUUCAGUUAUCCCCUGGUCGAUUUGAUGAGCAAGUUUUCAAGGCCUUGGACCAUGUCAUUGCAGAGGCCAGACAAGAAGGAAUUAGGCUCCUACUUAGCUUAGUUAAUAAUUUGCAAGCAUAUGGUGGGAAGACUCAGUAUGUCAAGUGGGCAUGGGAAGAAGGCAUCGGCUUAAGCUCUUCUAAUGAUUCAUUCUUUUUUGAUCCGUCCAUCCGCCAUUAUUUCAAGAAUUAUGUCAAGACCGUGCUGACUAGGAAGAACACUAUCACUGGAAUUGAAUAUAGAAAUGAUCCCACCAUCUUUGCAUGGGAGUUAAUUAAUGAACCCAGAUGCAUGAGCGAUGCUUCAGGCAACACUCUCCAAGAGUGGAUAGAAGAAAUGUCAACUUUCGUGAAAUCAAUUGACAAGAACCAUCUACUGACUGUUGGCCUCGAAGGAUUCUAUGGUCCUGAAAGCCCCAAAAGGUUGACUAUUAACCCAGGAGAGUGGGCAGCCACCCUUGGAUCUGAUUUCAUUCGCAACUCAAAUAUCUCGACGGUUGAUUUUGCUUCUGUUCACAUCUACCCUGAUCAAUGGUUUCAUGAUCAAGAAUUUAAAGAGACGCUAAAAUAUGUCAUCAAAUGGAUGGUUUCUCACAUUGAAGACGGUGACAAAGAACUGAUGAAACCUGUCAUGUUCACUGAAUUUGGAUAUUCAAACCUGAACGACGAUUUCGAGCCUUCUCAGCGAGACAGAUUCUACAAAACUGUCUUCAAAGUCAUGUACAGAUCUGCAAGGAAAAAUGGGUCUGGGGCAGGAUGUUUUGUUUGGCAGUUUUUGGUGGGAGAAAUGGAAGAGUAUAACGAUGAUUAUGGGAUUGUCCCCUGGGAAAGGCCAUCAACAUAUCAGUUGAUAACAGAACAUUCAUGUAGGCUGGCGAGAGUUCAGGGAGUUCUGUUUUCGAAGAAUGCUCACUUGAAAGACUUGUGUUCACAGAGACUCUGAAUAUCUACUCAUUCAUCAAAACUAAAUUUCUUUAUAUGGGGAGAUUUGGUGUAUUUUGUGGUUUUUCCAUUAAGGGGACAGAGGCGGAUGAUUAGUUCUUUGCCAUGUUCAUCAUACAGCUAUAAAUACAACUAUAUGUAAACAAAAAGGCGAAUAUAUUUCAGCCCAAAUUACAGAAAUUGUUGUGAAAUCUAGUUUGUUGGAGAUUUAAAAUAAAUGAAUAAAGAGUAACCCCUAUGAAGCGUGUAUUAGAGCAUACCCUAAGAUCAUAUGUAUCUGAAGAAAGAUUCAAGCUUGAAAGAAACAUAGAAAACCUCUAUUCCCU